AGUUUGAGCCCAAUGUUUUCACAGACCAAACAAAGAUACCGAAACACAAAUUUUGUGUGCUUCUCUUUGAUACCUCAGUCCCGUACCUUACCCCCACCAAAACCCUAAACCCUACCUACCUCUCUUCUUCUUCUUCUUCUUCUUCUUCAACUAGAGGCCUAUAAUCUCAUUUAAUUUUCACUUUUUUAGCAAUGUAUCGUUUUGUCUCUGGACUCGCAUCUAAAGCCAGAUUGGCUAAGAACAGUACCCAGCAGGUGGGUAGUAGAUUGGCUUGGAGCAGAAGUUAUGCAGCUAAAGAUAUAAAAUUUGGCGUUGAAGCUCGCGCCUUGAUGCUUAAAGGUGUUGAGGAUCUUGCUGAUGCUGUUAAAGUGACAAUGGGCCCUAAAGGGCGGAAUGUAGUUUUGGAGCAAAGUUGGGGAGCCCCUAAAGUGACAAAAGAUGGUGUUACAGUAGCCAAGAGCAUUGAAUUCCAAGACAGAGUGAAGAAUGUUGGUGCUAGCCUCGUGAAGCAGGUCGCAAAUGCUACAAAUGAUGUGGCAGGCGAUGGAACAACGUGUGCAACAGUCCUCACUCGUGCAAUUUUAGUUGAAGGAUGCAAGUCUGUGGCAGCUGGAAUGAAUGCCAUGGAUCUAAGACGUGGGAUUUCAAUGGCAGUUGAUACUGUUAUCACUAACUUGAAGAGCAGAACAAGGAUGAUAAGCACAUCUGAAGAAAUAGCACAGGUUGGAACAAUAUCAGCAAAUGGAGAAAGAGAGAUUGGUGAGCUCAUAGCCAAGGCAAUGGAGAAAGUUGGAAAAGAGGGUGUCAUUACUAUUUCUGAUGGAAAAACAUUGUACAAUGAGCUAGAGGUUGUCGAGGGAAUGAAGCUGGACAGAGGCUACAUAUCCCCUUAUUUUGUCACCAAUACAAAAAACCAAAAAUGUGAACUAGAAGAUCCCCUAAUUUUAAUUCAUGAGAAGAAGAUCUCAAAUCUAAAUGCUGUAGUCAAGGUUUUAGAAUUAGCUUUGAAGAAGCAAAGACCUUUGCUGAUUGUUGCUGAAGAUGUUGAAAGUGAAGCACUAGCAACUCUCAUUCUAAACAAGCUUCGUGCUGGAAUCAAGGUCUGUGCCAUAAAAGCACCAGGGUUUGGAGAAAAUAGGAAGGCCAGUAUGCAAGACCUUGCCGUUCUCACUGGUGGUCAGGUUAUAACUGAGGAGCUUGGUAUGAACCUUGAAAAGGUGGGAGCAGAGGCAUUUGGCUCAUGCAAAAAGGUUACAGUAUCCAAGGAUGACACAAUUAUUCUUGAUGGAUUUGGUGAUAAGAAAGCCUUGGAAGAAAGAUGUGAGCAGUUGAGGUCUUCAAUCGAAUUGAGCACUUCUGAUUAUGACAAGGAAAAAUUGCAAGAGCGGCUUGCGAAGCUUUCUGGUGGUGUUGCAGUUCUGAAGAUUGGUGGGGCUAGUGAAGCAGAAGUUAGUGAAAAGAAAGACAGAGUUACUGAUGCUCUGAAUGCCACCAAGGCGGCUGUGGAGGAAGGAAUUGUACCUGGUGGUGGGGUUGCACUUCUUUAUGCAUCUAAAGAUUUGGACAAGUUGCAUACUGCAAACUUUGACCAGAAGAUUGGUGUCCAGAUUAUCCAGAAUGCUCUUAAGAUGCCGGUACACACUAUUGCUGCAAAUGCAGGAGUAGAGGGGGCAGUUGUUGUUGGCAAGCUAUUAGAGCAGGAUAAUCCUGAUCUUGGAUACGAUGCAGCUAAAGGGGAAUACGUGGAUAUGGUAAAGUCAGGAAUUAUUGAUCCACUGAAAGUCAUUAGAACAGCCUUGGUAGAUGCCGCAAGUGUCUCUUCAUUGAUGACUACAACUGAGGCCAUUGUGACGGAACUACCCAAGGACGAGAAGGAACCCACCGCCAUGGCCGGUGGUGGUGGUGGCAUGGGCUAUUAAAGUCGUUCCACCGUGACAGCACCAAUACCCUGAUGAUUUUAAACUGACAUUAACCUUUCCCUUUUAUUUUUUAUUUCUCUUUCAGCGAACCGCGGAGUUUAGUUCAAUCCUCGUUCAUAUAAAGUGUAAUUUUUGACUAUACAUAUAUAUUUUUUUUGGACCAAUAUGUAUUUUUAUCCCCACUUAUGGGAUCUACAGGGGACGUAAAAUGUUUUGAAUCUGAACCCAUUUAUAACAAUAAUAAAAAUGAAAAUCUUUUUGCUGGAAUAA